AAGUUCUCCGUUGUUGCUCAGAUGCUGGCGGACAAGACGGCUCCGAUCGAGCAUGUUUUGCAGGUUUGGUACUCGUCCACGUGGUCGCAGGGAGCGACGCAGACAUUUCUGCGGGCUACAAAGCACGUUUUGUCCGAGUGGGAAAAGAAACAGAACAGUAAGGAGUGUAGAUCGGCUCCUGUGCAGGACGCCGCGACGAAUCGUAAAAAUGAAGAGGACGAGGCAGCAAGUAAAGUAAUGAGCUACCUCCGGCACUGGAUUGGGACGCAGACCAUUUCACUUGCCGUUGCCCACACUCGCUGGUUCACGCACACGGAGAAGCAUAACGCACGCGUAUUUGGUUACGCCUGCAGCUUCUGUCGCAGAAUCGAUCGACUCGCUCUGACGCAGUACGCCCUGACUGGCCAGAUCUGCAGCGGAAAAACGGCUUCCAAUGGUGCAGCAGAUCUUCCAUCCGUUGGCAGCCUGUGCAUGUGGAACGUGCCGGAUGGAGCUCCUCCGCUCGAAGAGGACUACGCUCUUGGCACCAUGCUCAUAGAGGAUCUGCUAGAAGAGCACCUUGCCAGUUCCGCUUCCUUAGAUGUGGUAGGUCUGUUUGCCGCUCGUGUAAGCAAGAGUUUGAGCAGCCUCCGGGACCACAUUUCGAAAGGACGACUGAAAAUCGACCUGGGCUGCGGCACGGUGAAGGCGGUUUACGAAAGUAAUGCGGAAGUGUUCCUCAAGUCCAUCGCGGAUCUCCAUCCCUACACGGUUUCCUGGUCAAAUGUGAUCGACUACUUUUCUCUACAGGACUUCCAUACGCUUGCGCGACGCUGCUCCUCUCCUCUGGGGGAUACGGUGCACUACGGUUACUCGAUGAACUGGGUCGCAGACGUUUUCGGCACAUGUGUUUCCGACUACGCGACCGACAUGUUCUUUCCGCAAAAACACGGAGAAGCUACUCCGCAGGUCCAAGAAAUUUUGAACAUGUGUCUUGGAAAGCCAGCAAAAGAAAUCGCGAAAAUGACUCGCUUCGAGAAGCUCCUAACCGUCCCGUAUUUUGACACUCCACUGAACAUCUGCGGACACCGGCUCGCACAAUUGUGUCACGACGAUUGGGCGAAGCAUUUUGCCAAAAAUGCCGAUGGCUCCUUGAAUGGUAAGGCAGCCUGCUUCCCUCGCGGUGCAUCAGGCUUCAGUCUCGGAAAGGCGGACACGCUAUGCAGCUCGCCGCUCUACCGGACCGACCGCUCCGUCUUUAUGGCGUGGACCUACGAUCCGCGUUUGAAUUUGAAAAUCGGCGAGGAAUCGCAGGAGGAUGGCCUCAGCAUUCUGUCGACUUUCGGCCAGAAAACGUUUGCACAGCUGUUGCAAAAGCAGAAAGAGCAAGAGGAAGAGCAGGAUCCCGCUGACUUGCUUGCUCAAAUGAUGAAUUUGGGUCGUGGUAUGAGAAGGAGGAUGGAGGGGCAUCAGAAGGAAGCAAGCGUGAUGUCAUCACGAUCAGCGUAG